CGAGCCGUGACGGACAGCCAGUGUUAAAAAAUAAUUCCCGUCGUCUCCACCUCGAAGAAGAAGAAUUCGCCUCUCGAGAUGAAGUACUUCCUCGUCCUAGCAUGCGCCUUCCUCGCGGUCGCGGUGGUGGCGUGCAACGAGGAGAUGAAGAAGGCCAUAAAGGAGGCCAUUGAAACCUGCAGCCAGGAAAUGGGCAUAGCGAAAGAGGAUUUCAAGAAGAUGAAGGAGGAACAGGUGGACCAAGAGAAGGUCGCCUGCUUCUCGGAGUGCAUAUUGGAGAAGCAGGGCUUGAUAGAAAAUGGCGAAUUGAACAAGGAGAAGAUCAUGGAACAUGCCGAACAGAUAAUAGAGAAGUUCCCGGAGAAGAGAGAAGAGUUCUUGAACAAAGUGAAGGAAUUCAUAGACGAGGGUCCCAAGGACACGGGGAAGUGUAUGACAGGAUUCGAGUUUCUCAUGCACAUGAAGAAGACGGCCCACGAAUUGAAGUUCGACGAGGGACCCAUGGAUGAUGAAUGAAAAACGACGGCAGAAUUUUUCUGGAGACCCCCUUUCCCCUACCUUCCGCUCGAAAAUCGAGGCAAGUGCAUGGAACGCGUUAAACCAAGCUUGUAUUUCAAAUUAAUCACUAAGAUAGAAUAAAUUCACGGCGAGGUUCCUUUCAAAAAUUUGUCUCUCCUUUAAAAAGAAAUUAAUAUUAAACGACAUUGGAUGAUAUGAA